AGAGUAGACCACUGUUGAUGUUGGUGUGCUUGGUGAAUAUGGCAUAUAAUCUCUGAAGGGCUUGGUAAUGAAUCUGAUGAUCUUUGUAACAUUUUUGAUUAACUUGCUGCAGUCUGUCCCUUCUCUCUGCAAAACAAAUCUGUCUUUACUGAUACAGGACUAGGAAAGCAUUUUAAGUGAGCAAAGAUGAUGAUGGUGAGCGAUGACUGUCUGGUGGAGUGUAAGAUUGAUGACAGUGAUGAGGAACAGGUGAACACUCCUCCCCCUCCCCCAGAAUUUGCAUCGAAAGCUUCAACUCCAGCUCCAAAAGACCCAACCCCUCCCACGAAUUCUCCGAGUCCCGCUCCGACCCGACCUGUCAACAGAGACCCACAUGGCAUCAACCAACACCUUAAGGUGGAGGUCAGAGAUGUUCUGGCUGAACCUGCCACUCCUCAUAGCAUAGAUGGUGUGUGGACCUACAGUCUGGUUGGCUUUGAGAAGACUCGCAUCUGGACCUAUCGCUGCCUCUCCUUGCUGUUUGCUGUGCCUCUUGCGUUCCUGUGUGGACUCUUCCUAGCCGUCCUCGCCUGCCUACGCGUCUGGUUCCUGGUUCCCUGCAUACAGCUGAGCAACACCUUCCUGCCCUGCUUGCGCUCCUUGGUUAUAUGUGCUGUGAAUGUCUUCAUCUCCCCUUUCUGUAUGUCUCUGGCACUCUGCUGCACUCAGAUCUCCAUCUCACUGUCCAACAAAGACUUGGAUCGAAAGAGAGAUAAAGACACUGUGUGAAUGUAAAGAAAAACACAAUAAGGAAACUUGAUUGAAGAAGUGUGUGAAUGGGAAGUAGAGUGCUUUUAUUUAAAUGCACGUGAUUUUU